GAUAUCAAAGGGAGAUAACUGAUGCAACACAACCCACUUUCUGAACGAUAACCAGAUGAAAAACCACAAAUAUUUAUUAUUCAAAAUGUUUUCACGAGUGUGAAUGUUACGAAUGUCAAUCCCAAUCCAUAGAAUGAACAAUGAAUGGUGAUGAACAACAUGUAAGUGAAAGACAGAAUCUUCUAACAAGACUACUUGAUGCUGUUAAACAGUGCCAGGUACGAUUUGGUGGUAGAACAGAAUUAGCUGCAGAUGCUGAUAGUCGAGUUUCCUGUCUCUGUGCUGCAUGGGAAGCUGUAUUGCAACAUGGGUUAAAGCAAACUAGCAAAGCUUUUCAGGCUCUCAAGCAGGUAACAGAAAUAACAGGUUUAAACAAAGUAUCAGAUGUAAUUGCUGACAUCACAAGUAAAGAGAUAGAACCAGAGUACUGGCUCUAUGUGAAAGAGCAUCUAACAAAACAUGAACAGGACAGAUUUUUUACAUUGAAGCAUAUAAACACAGAUGCUGGACGUGGGAGGGCCUGGCUUAGAGCCUCACUGAAUGAACAUUCUCUUGAGCGUUACAUGCAUAUGUUAUUAGAACGAGAUGAAUUACUUCGUAAUCAUUAUGAAAACUGGGCAUUUUUACGAGAUCAGGAAAGAAACAGUAUGUUGCCUAACAUGGCUGCUGGGCUUGGAUCAAUACUGUUUGCCAUUAAUGUGGAUAACUCCGACUUAAAUACAGUGAGACGUCCAACAACAGCUGUCAAUAUCCCUAAUACAGCCAAACUGGUUGGUAGAUUGGAAGAGGAGCCACGCCCAGUAAUAGCUGGGGAGGAGAGUCCUCCUGGAUCUGGAUCUUAUGAUCCAAAAAAGAAAGAAAAGAAGAAAAAGAAGAAAAAUACUCAUAUUGUUAGUUUUGAUGAUGGGACUUCACAAACUUUAUUUCAUCAUGUGAAUCCCUCAGAGCAAUAUUCUACUCAGCAGACGGAGCAGAUAACAGAUAUAUCUGUAUCUGGCACCUCACCAGUGGAAAAUAUUCUGAGGAGAGAAUAUUCCUUAAACAGAGAGCCAAGUAUUGUUUCCAAUACAUCUCUAGACCAGGCUUCUGUCAGUUCUGCAGAUUUUGAUGUCAGUGAGAGUACAAUGCGACCAGUAGAUUUUUCAGGUGAUCCAAUAGAAUUUGGUAUUUCUUCAUUCAGAGCAGAGUCUAGUAGUAUACUAGGAUCAUCUGUUUCCUCUUCAGAACAUGGUGGUAUUGAUGUACAAUCAGCUGCUUUAGCUUUAGAUAUGGUACAGAGAGGAAUGGAUCACAGUUACAGAACAGCCGGAGAUGGAGGAAAUGAUAAAGAAAAUAUAAGAAAAGAUGCCAUGUCAACAAAUGAAUUAAAACAAGCAGUUGUAGCCAUGAUGGUCAGAAAAGAUGAUGUUGAAGAACAGAACAGGAAUUUACAUAUGAUGUUAGAACAAGAAAUGGAAACAUCAUCCACGCUGAGAGCUGAGAUAGAAGACAUGAAAGUUCAGUUUUCUUCAAAGCAAGAAAAGGAAACUAAUAGAUAUGAGUCACUACAAAAAGAAAAUGAGUUGCUGAAAAAUCAAUUGAGACGUUAUGUUAAUGCUGUACAGAUGUUGAGAGCAGAGGGUUCACAGGAUGAAAGCUUACAGUUAGGAGUACCUGUAGAGGAACCACAGCCCAAUAUACCUCCUGCUAAAUCCAAUAUAGAUUAUAGCCAUGAAGCUUCUGAAUAUGAGCAGAAACUCAUACAGGUUGCUGAAAUGCAUGGAGAGUUGAUGGAAUUUAAUGAGAUGUUACACAGGCAACUGAAUCACAAAGAAGCAUAUAUAAGGAGAUUACAACAGGAGUUAAUUGAUCUGAGAGGACCGUUACCUAGAGAUUUACAUAUGCAUGGUGAUCAGAUUUCUAGUGACUCAGAUAGCCUUUCUGUGCAAUCAAAAUCUCUUAUCAAUAUAUGGAUUCCAUCAGCAUUUAUAAGAGGAUCCCCAAGGGAUAAUUAUCAUGUUUAUCAGGUUUAUGUAAGAAUCAAAGAUGAAGAAUGGAAUGUGUAUAAACGAUACAGUGAAUUUAGAGAUUUACAUGUUCAUCUACGGAAGAAAUAUCCGAUUGUUAAUAAGUACGAAUUUCCACCUAAGAAAACUAUUGGUAAAAAGGAUGCAAAAGUUGUUGAAGGGAGAAGGAAAAUGUUUCAGUCUUAUUUGCGUAGUGUUGUGAAUUAUCUAUCUGAAAACGAUCCAGGUUUGGCAGACAGUAUAUGUAAAGUCAAACUCUCAGUUUUUCUACCGUUCUUCAGUGAUAAGCCAAUUGAAAAGGGAGAGAAAAAGAAAAUGAAGAAGACUGUAUCAUCUACAUCAUUACCAGGAAAUGUUCCUGAACCAAUAAGGGAGACAAUGCAAAAUCAGUAUGAUGGAUUAUAGCGAUAUUGUAGCAGGUGGUUAAGAAACUUGUGCUUAAAAUGUGAUAUUAUUUUUUUUUAUCUUAGUAAAAUUUCCUUCUUGAGGCACUACAGGCGACUUACAGUUAACUGUUGCUAAAUGCCUCUUUGUAUGUGACAAGUAUAUUUGCUUGCCAAUAAAAGGCAAAAAUAUCUAUAUACCAAUGUAUACAUGUGACAGGCUAAAUAUACUCCUAUCAGGAUAGAUUUUUUAAUUUUAAUACAAAAAAUGGACCUAUUGCUCAAGAACUUCUUAUAAUUUCAUUCUUUAGAUUUGUGAAUCAAAUUUCUACAAUAUUGUAUCAUAAUUUUAUACUAUGAUGUUUUUAUGAAAUAUUAUCAAUAUAUAGGUGUCAACUCUAUCAUAUCUAUACAUAUUAAUUUUGGGAGCCUCCAAAUGUUAUUUUCCAAAAUUGGGAAAUCUCCCAACUCAAGGCCAGUUUCCUGUUGGGGAGGUCAAAUUUUCUUAUUUGGAGAUAAUCUCUGAAUGUCUCCUUAUUUCAUCAGUAUUUCAUUAAAGUAGCAUUUUUUCAGGCAAAAACUGAAAUAUUAUUGCCAAAACCACCACACAUUGGCUUCUUAAUAAAGUUGAUUGAUAUAUUUUAAAGCAUUUCAAAAUUAACUCCAAAAAGGAAGAUUAAAUAAUAUGAAAAGCAGGGAGACAUAGGUUCUACAGCAAAACUCACUUAGAGGGAAGUCUCAUACUUUGAAGGUUUAAAAAGUUGUCGCCUAUGAGGUGACAAUAUAUUUUUUGAGGAUGAGGAGGUUUAUAUCUCCCAGACUGGAAAUAUAUAUGCUGGUAAUAUUAACACAUUCUCACAUACCAUUUUGAUUUGUUAUUGUUAAUAGGUACAUUUCAGUAAAGACCAGGUCUUUUAUCUUGGCCUGAGCCUUUUUAACUUCUAAUUUUGAAUUUAUCAAAACCAGGUGAAAAGAUGAUUAACCAAGUUAACAAAACUGUGAAUAAAACAGUUAAAUAAAGAGAAUAGAAUUAAAGAAGACAAACUUAUGAUGGGAACUUGGCCAGUAUUUUGAUUUACAAUAAUAAUAUUUAUAAAAAUAUUUUUUGCACUUUUUGCACCACGGCAAAUAAUAUAAUUUUUAAUAUUUCAAUUGAGAAAAACUAUAAUGAUACACAAUACUUCAUUAUGUAAAUACCCUUUAAAUGCACUUUUAACCAUACCCACUAUGAACCUUACUUAUGAUAAACCUUUAAAAGAUUCUCUUUAACAACCUUCUGUCAAUAAUCUUUAUAAAUUAAGGUAGACAGGAAUAUUUUUUUGAAAAAUUUGUUGUAUAAACCGAGUAAUUGUUUUUUUUAUUUUUGUCAUAUUGUAGAUUUAUCUCCCUUAUUUUUGUCAUGAUAUUGUAGAUUUGUCUCCCUUAUUUUUGUAAUGAUAUUGUAGAUUUAUCUCCAUUAUUUUUGGUCAUGAUAUUGUAGUUUAUCUCCCUUAUUUUUGUCAUGAUAUUGUAGAUUUAUCUCCCUUAUUUUUGGUCAUGAUACUGUAGUUUAUCUACCUUUGUUCAUGUUUUUUUUUAAUUCCUGAUGAUUUGACUAUGUAUAGUUGAUGUGCUUGCCAGUCAUUCUGUUUGCCAAAAUAUUGUAUUAGUCUGAAUUUAACAACGUAUUUUAAACUUUUAUGACAAUUUGAAAUUUGCAAUAGUGUGUAUUUACAUUUUAAUUCAGGUCAUCUCUCAUUUUAAUUUCAACUUUUUUUAUAAAGAAAUAGCAGAUGUAAUAUUGAAAACAUUGAUUAUAACUGUAUGAUUAAAUUUUGUUGUUUUUUUUUUUUCGGUUUGUACGGGCAAUUCCAUUAAAUACCAGUGAUAUGGAGAAUGGGUGUGUCUGUAGAGGGCACUAUUUUAUUUCCUCAACAAUAUAGAAAA